AUGGAGAUGUUUCCCCAGAACUCCACCGACUUCAUCCUCCUGGGCCUCAUUGUCCACCCAACCCUGCCAGGGCUGAUCUUCGUGGUGGUAUUCUCCAUCUUCCUGGUGGCUGUCAUUGCAAAUGUGACCAUGGUUCUGCUCAUCCGUGUGGACCCCCGCCUGCACACACCAAUGUACUUUCUGCUCAGCCAGCUCUCCCUCAUGGACACUGUCUACAUCUGUGUCAUUGUCCCCAAGAUGCUCCAGGACCUGCUGUCUGAGGGCAGGACCAUCUCUUUCCUGGGCUGUGCACUCCAGAUCUUCCUCUACUUGACCCUAAUUGGAGGAGAGUUCUUCCUGCUGGGCCUCAUGGCCUAUGACCGUUAUGUGGCUGUGUGCAGCCCACUGCGCUACCCAGUGCUCAUGAGCCGCAGGGUCUGCAUGUGCAUGGUGCUGGGUUCCUGGCUGGGGGGCUCCCUGGACGGCUUCAUGCUGACACCCAUCACCAUGAGCUUCCCCUACUGCGCGUCCCGGGAGAUCAACCACUUUUUUUGUGAGAUCCCAGCUGUGCUGAGGCUGUCAUGCGUGGACACAUCUCUGUAUGAGACCCUGAUGUAUGCGUGCUGUGUGCUGAUGCUGCUGGUCCCUAUCUCCAUCAUCACAGUUUCCUACACACGCAUUCUGAUCACUGUGCACCGCAUGACCUCUGCCGAAGGCCGGCGCAAAGCCUGGACCACCUGUUCCUCUCACGUCCUGGUGGUGAGCAUUUUCUAUGGGGCGGCCUUCUACACCAAUGUGCUGCCCCACUCCUAUCACACCCCAGAGAAGGACAAGGUGGUGUCUGCCUUCUACACCAUCCUCACACCCAUGCUCAAUCCGCUCAUCUACAGCCUGAGGAACAGGGACGUGGCUGCAGCUCUGAGGAGGACGCUGGGAACAUGCGCCUCCCCCAGGAGAGUCAGGGACAGGGACACACUCAGGAGGAGUUGA